AUGGCCCCACCGAAACCCGCGAUCGAGCAUACCGUCGAUAGGACCGCCGAAUAUGAGAAGUUCAUCGAGGAUCUGCGCGCCUUCCAUGAGAAGCGCGGUACCCAUUUCGAUCCAGAGCCCAAGAUGGGAAAUAUCACGGUUGACCUCCUCAAGCUGUUUAAAUACAUCGUCGAGCACGGAGGCUAUGACAAGGUGUCCGACGAGAAACUCAUGUGGCGUAAGAUGUGCGAGGGUUUGGGCUUGAUGCGACACAACGCACCUGCAGACGCGUAUACGUUGAAGCAAAUAUUUUACAAGAACCUCGCUGCGUAUGAGAUCAAGACGAUACAUAACAAGGAGCCACCCCCACCCGAGAUUCUAGAGCAUACAACUGCGAAAGGCGGCUCCCUCCUGACGAGGACAGUGGAAACUUUCCAGCCCAAACAGGCCAAGGCGGCGGAUAGGGAAGAGUCGACCGAAGAUGGGACGCCGAGCAGAGAACGCCGAGCCGAAGAUACACCCAACUCCGGGCGAGCCUCGCGCGGUCUGAGAGAGGCGCCAACCCCGAGAGUAAUAUUUCACCCGGAUACUAACCCAUCUCGGACGGUUCGCCAUGCUUCUGGUCAGCAUUCCACUUCAUCAACCUCCAACCCCCACCCGCAGCAUCAAGCCCCAUCCCAUCCUAAUUCACGUACGCACGGCAACACGACGAUUCCACUGCAUGCGCAGAGCCACCCACACCCCAGCCUGCGAGGUGCUUCCCAUUACUACGACCCACCGGGACUCGACACGAGCAAUCCCGUAGUGCAGAACUACCAGCCACCACCUCUGCGUCAGGUGCAAUUGCGUAUCGUAGACACGCCAGCCAGCAACCCCGACCUCUUCGUCAGGAAACAGCGACUUUUUCGACAGUCUGCUGUUGCAGGGCCGAACCCAGGGGCGCUUCUACGGGCUGCCAUCCCUGCAGGAACCCUCGACGGUCCUAACAUAUAUGAACGAUGCCUCCUUUCACUUCGUUCUAGAAUCCAGGCAGAACAGGCAUUCGCUCUAAACCACUUGGUCAAGAUCUCGUUCGAGCGGGGUGAUAAGUACAAGUUCUCGCAGUUCGGGGGGCUGGCCGAGGGGUUGACCGAGUUUGCCCUCGGUGUCGGGAACAUGUUCUACGACGUCGACUGGACAAUAAAUAAUGACCCCGACUCUGACGAGGGCGAAAUCGGAGAACUUGAUGGGAUCAACGGCUCGGCAGAUAUUCUCGAGAGAAUUGCCCAGCUCAAGCCCAAGGACGUGCAAGACAAUUUGCAGCCGGCGGAAUUCACUGACAAACUGACAUUGGUCAUCGAGGCAGUCCUAACCAUUCGAAAUAUGGUGAUGCUCCCUGACAAUGCGUGGUUUAUGGCCGACUACCCGCCUAUCAAAGAUCUUCUCUGUAUCCUUCUACACCUCCCACCCCUGGAGCUUGUUGUGGAACUUAAGCACUUCGCUCUCGACAUAGCAGAGCAAAUCACCCCAUAUCUGGUUCUAGACUCAGAAGAUCCCCUUUACAAGACGCUGCUCGCACAGCUCGUAUCGUCGGACCGCGGAAUCAUCCUCACGGCACUCCGAGCCAUUGGCCGUAUCGCCAUGAACCAUCCUACACAGACCAAUAAGCUGGGCGGUGUGCCUUCCUCUACCCUGCAGCGUCUGAUGGAUUGGCUUCUGCUAAACGACGAUGAACUUCUCGACGCCUGCCUCGAUUUCCUGUACCAGUACACGGCGGUCAUUCCCAACCUUGAUCUCAUGCUCGCGGAAACCAAUGUCGAGCAUUUGGUGGUCCAUCUGGUCAGGCUACUCUCGCACGGUGCUAAGCGCUCUUAUCGAGAGAUCGUCGUGAGCGAGGCGCGGCUUGCUUAUGAACAACCUUCUGAGAAUGUCGUCCCAUGCCCCAAGGAUUUAUUGGAGCGCCUCCUUGCCACGGAGGAACCCGAGCGGUGCUACGCGUGGCUCCGGUGCUUCUUUGAGGAGGACCCUGAUGCGCAAAUCACCCAGAUUGCCAUCUGGCAGGCCUACAACUCCGCGUUCCUCGAACCUCUGAAGCGUAUGGGUCGCAUCAUGAUUCCUGCUCCAGAAUUCAUCCGGCACAUCAGCACUGUUUAUCAGAGCGCAGGUGCCCAGGUAAUCCGCGAAGGCCCCAUGGGAGAGGUUCAGAAGUUCAUUAUGAGAGGCAUCCGACCAAGGUCGUACCCCAUCACUCCAGAGGGUCGCGGCUACUUUCAGUGUCAGUGGCAGCACGCGGGUAGGCCGCAGGUUAAGUGCCUAGCGUGGAACCUCACCGCCGAGAGGAUGUAUGAGCACAUACUCAUCGACCAUUUGAAGGUAGUCCGCGGCGAAGACGGCUUAUUCAAGAACCGAGAAGGGACUUUCACUUGCGUCUGGGACAGUUGCACCAAAUACCCCCAGCCAACGAAGCUGCAGCUCGUGCAGUUCACGUCGCACAUCAAGACACAUUUGAGGGCAGAAGAGGAACGACACUCUGUGCGGCAUCAUCAACAGCAACAACAGACACAGCAGCAGCCACAGCAGCAGCAGCCUGGCGAGCCGGCACAAGGCGGCGUCGCCGCCGUAUCCCCCAAGCGGCCGUCAGCUUCUAGGCAGCCCCGCGUGGUGAAGCCGGCCAGGACAGUCACCCUCCCCUACGAAGAGACGGCCAGCAUGCGCGACGAGCGGAAUCCCAACGCGCCCCCACAGGCCGCAGGCAUCCCGCUCUCAGCCGUCCUGAUCUUGAGGAACAUCGCCAGGAAUGUGGUCAAAACUGCUGCCGAGCAGAGGUUAUGUAAGGAAGAAGCCGCUGCCGGUGCUAUUGCGAAUGGCGAGGGUGAAGAUGAAGGGGUCCGUGGCGAUGAGCACAGUAGCGGCGGGUGGAACGAGAGGCUUUUCAGGCCCGUCAUGCCCAGGCUCUGGGAGAUCUUCACUGAAAAUCGGCUGCUUGCACCGUAUGUGGGGAGUCUGUUUCAAUUGCUUGGAAGGGACAAGGAUCGUAAUGCAUGGGGCUCCGUCUGGGGGUGA